ACACAGCAGAAUAAAAUGAAAUGUCAUAAAGAAAGCCAAGAAUAGAGUGGGAAGAGGCAAAUCAGAUUCGAAAAAAAAUCCAAUAGUAUACAUUUGUUGUGAGAAAAUAAAAGACACGACGAAACGCUGGAAAAAUAUAGUGUUUGUAUUACUUUUUUACAGUAGGUGUAAAGUAAAAAGAAGAAGAACAGUACACAGUAUAGAGUGGACGAAACGACAAAUAAUAAUUUAUAAUCUUGUGCUCUUAAUUUUUCGUUAGUAUCCUGGCAUAAAGUGAAAAAUCAAGUAGAAUCGUAGUUACACGAUUUCAAUAAAAAAAAAAUUAUUAAACAUCAUACAAAUUAAAAUCAAUUAAAAAAAAUUCAAAAAAGUUUAAUCAAAUAAAUAACAAUAAAAAAGGCUUAAAAAUUAAACAAAUAUUAUUUAAAUAACCGUAAACUGCGUGCCUAAUAAAAUAAAAUUAAAAAUAAAUAAAUAAAUAAAAAAACGAAAAAAAAGUAGAAUAAUAAAAAUAAAAACCAAUCAGGUGUAUAUAUGGAUUAAUUGUGUCCACUUUAAUAAUUGUUCUAUUUAUUGUUGUUUAUUGAAAGAAACAACAAAAAAAAUAUAAAAAAGGAAUUCACAUUUAACAAAAGAGGAAGAGGAUAAAAAGUGGAACAACAACGUUGCCAAAUUUCUUAAUUAUUUACAUACAAUUUGUACAAACUAGUACAAAUACAUAAAAUACAAUCCAUAUUUUUCUACAACUUUAAAAGGAAGUUUUAAAACAAAUCUACACAAAUGAUGGCCAAUGCUGGUGAUCCAAAAUGGCAAAAAGAUGCUGCCGAUCAGAAUUUCGAUUACAUGUUCAAAUUGCUGAUAAUCGGUAAUUCGAGUGUGGGUAAAACGAGUUUUCUGUUCCGCUAUGCCGAUGACAGUUUCACAUCUGCCUUUGUGUCAACGGUUGGCAUCGAUUUCAAAGUGAAAACAGUCUUUCGUCAUGACAAACGCGUGAAACUACAAAUAUGGGACACUGCUGGCCAAGAACGUUAUAGAACAAUAACAACAGCCUAUUAUCGCGGUGCCAUGGGUUUCAUUUUAAUGUAUGAUGUCACGAACGAAGACAGUUUCAAUUCUGUGCAAGAUUGGGUAACUCAAAUCAAAACGUAUUCAUGGGAUAACGCACAAGUUAUAUUGGUGGGCAAUAAAUGCGACAUGGAAGAUCAGCGUGUCAUUUCAUUUGAACGUGGUCGUCAAUUGGCCGAUCAAUUGGGUGUGGAGUUCUUUGAAACAUCGGCCAAAGAGAAUGUGAAUGUUAAGGCUGUUUUUGAACGUUUGGUUGAUAUUAUUUGCGAUAAAAUGUCCGAAAGCUUAGAUGCAGAUCCAACGUUAGUAGGUGGCGGCCAAAAGGGCCAAAGACUGACCGAUCAACCUCAAGGCACACCCAAUGCUAAUUGUAAUUGUUAAAUUAUCUAUCUACCAACAUUUGUUUACUUA